UUUCCACAUCCUGUUUUCAGCAAAAACAUGCGCACUACCCAAUCAACUUACAGGAACUCAGUCGCUCGACCAAUCUGAAGUUCACAAUCCCGGGACUUUGGUAGCUCGUCCGUGUACUGUACCGCUCAACAUUUCUUGUAAAAAUCUUGAGACAGGAUAACAACCAGACUGUAUAGAGAGAGUCUACAGUUGCCAAUUUAGACGGGUUGGGUCCCCCCUACACCAACACCCCACCAUGCCUCUGGUAACAAGGAAUAUAGAGCCACGGCAUGUGUGUCGACAGAGCAUCCCCUCUAACAUCCGCAGUGAGCUGGAAUGUGUCACCAAUAUCAGCCUGGCCAACAUCAUCCGCCAGCUCGGCAGCCUUAGUAAAUAUGCAGAGGAUGUGUUUGGGGAGCUGUUUAUCCAGGCUGGAGCAUUUGCGAUCAGAGUAAAUACACUGGGAGAAAAAGUGGAUCGACUGCAGGUAAAAGUCACCCAGCUGGACCCCAAAGAAGAGGAAGGUAAGUACUCCAUCAUGUUUCAGUUACUAUUACUAAUAUUUCUACUGAUGUUAAGAUCUAAAUGUAUUGAUAAUUAUUGUGAAAUGGUUGUCUCCAGGGACGACGGGAAAGAGGCUCUGAAGUUUUACACUGAUCCCUCCUACUUCUUUGACCUGUGGAAGGAGAAAAUGCUGCAGGACACCAAGGACAUCAUGAAGGAGAAACGCAAACACAGAAAGGAGAAGAAAGACCAUUUGAACCAACGGACGCUUAAUCCACGAAAGAUCAAGACCAGAAAGGAUGAAUGGGAACGCCGUAAAAUGGGGGCGGAGUUUGUGGUGCCAAAGAAUGAUUUGAUGAAUUCUUCCGAGGCUCUGAAUGGCAGUAUUGGAUCUGGAGAUGGCUUAAAUUCUGAAGGCUUCGAGAUGAGUACAGACUCCUACCCAUAUGAACCUGGCUCCCCUCUCUCUCCGCCUGGUAAUGAUGACUUCCUGCCUCCUCCACCCCCAGACAUGGCGUAUAAUGACGGAGGGUACGGAGCACCGACCCAGAAGCGUGUCAGUGUGCUGAGUCCAAACCACCCACCUCCUGCUCCCCCCAUGGUCUCUCCCCCUCCCAACUCUCGCCCUAACCUCUCUCCUCCUCCUGCACCUCCUCCCCCUCCUCCGUCCUCUGGAUUUGGCAUUCCCCCACCUCCUCCUGGCUUUGACACCCCACCUUCUCCUCCUCCACUUUCCUCCUCCUCCACUGCCUAUCCCUCCCCACCUGCUCCCCCUCCUCCCCCUGUUAUGUCCGCUGUUUCCCCUCCUCCUCCCCCACCUAUGGCUACAGGAGGUGGUGGUCCACCACCUCCUCCUCCUCCCCCACCUCCGCCUGGCCCUCCUCCUUCAUCCUUUAACCACUCUGCUCAACCUCCUUCCUCUGGUGGUGGGGCGCCACCAAGCUCUGCUCCUAAACCUCAGCCAGAGCCUGCUGCCGAUGAUCCUCGCAGUGACCUACUGCAGGCCAUCCGACAAGGUUUCAACCUGCGUAAGACGGAGGCACAACGGGAGCAGGAGAAAAGAGAUACCUCUGGCAAUGACGUGGCCGCCAUCCUGUCCCGUCGUAUUGCUGUAGAGUGCAGCGACAGCGAGGAUGACUCCUCAGAGUUUGACGAUGAUGAGUGGUCUGAGUGAUUGUCAUGCCGUUUCACCUUCACUACCACAUCUGUAUCUUUCCUCAGCCUUAAACAGCAUCCUGUUUCCAUUCAGAUUCCAUUCUUAAUACCGGAGAGUCACAGGUCCAUAUUCUGUCUAUCUUUUACAUUUUUAGUGUAUGCACUAACAGUAUGUACAGCUUACCUAUUACAAAUCACAUUCCUUGAACCAUUUAGUUUUGUUCAUCCAAAAUUAUUCUGAUCAGAAGUGCAAAAGUCCAAAGAUUGAGAGAGUGUCAGUGUGCCCGGUUGUUUCCACGACCUUGGUUCUUUAAUUGGAUGUUAUUGAUGUUAGAGUGUUGUGUGAUCUGAUGCACGUCUCUCUGCUGAGUCUGUAUGUAAACACAUCACCUCUAAGUGUCUAUUAGAAUCGUUUGUCCUUUGCUGUGGGUCAAAUGUCUGAUUUGAGCCGCUUAAGUAUAUUAAGGGAAGGGACAAUAGAGAGGGAGUACACACACAAGCACGCAAUCUUUUCCACGCACAGUAUUUGUACGUACUGACUCAGUGGACAAGACGUCAUGUGUUGUGUGAUGUGUUGACGUCAAAACAUUUUCGCUCACUUGUAGAUUCUACAAUAUAGAUGUAAAGUUUAUACAAGAUAUUGAAUCAUAUCUACUAAAGAUAAUUAAUGCAAUCCUUUUAUAUCCCGAAAAAGUACAGUUUUCUUCGCCACUUUUCCUUUCCUCAUUUAUAUUCAGUCUUCCUUCUGUGGUUGUCAUGGGAACAAUUCACUUGUGGAUGUGACAUGGUUGUAGUUUAUAAACAAAUUCAUGAAUGAAUUAUUCAGUAUGAUAGGGGAAGGAUUGGCUCAUCAUGACCGAUACCUGGGUGUUUUGAUGAGAUCACAUGUUUCAUUUUGUUGCGUAUUUCUUGCUGCAGUUUUUCUUUUGAACAUUUCUGGGGAUCAACUAGGCUCUGUUGCUUUCAUCAUUAUGCUAUUUAAAAAUGAGUGCCUUUUUAUACUGCAUUCCAGUGUCAGUGCAGGUUUAUUUUGGUUAUCCACACAUGUCACUGAUCAGCGUCUAAAAACCUUAUCAGCUCCAGUUGAUGAGUCAAAUGUACAGUAGAACCGACUGCUGUUUAGUGUGGACCACAUAUUUCUCAAGUGCCUUUAUUUUAAAUGUGCCUAAGUUAAUGCGCAAUCACAUAACAUGCUUUGCCAAAGCUUUUCCCGGCUUUAAUUUCCAAAUGAUUAUAGUUAUUUUAAUAAAGAGUGAAUUACAGUGA